UAAUAGACAAAUGUUAAAGGCUUUAUUUGUAUGGUCAUUUUAAGAGUAGAAUAAUCAUUAGCUACAUUUUCACACACUAUUUUCCAUAACCCCCCAAAAGAGUAGAUUUUUUAAUAAGCCAAACAUUACUAGCAAAAAAACACAAGUGCAAUAUACCUCUUUAUCCAUAUACCUUCUGCCCCUUGUGACGGUGAGUUUCAAAUGCUGCAUCUUCACCAUUCUCUUUCAAUUCCCACAAACAAUUUGCAGAAUCCCUCUAUCUUUUUCCUCAGCCAUUCAAUUACCUCAGUUUCUUGUUCUGGUUUAAAGAGAUGGGGUAUAAUCAAGAACAGCAGAAAAAGAAGAAAAAAGUUUCCUUUGGUUGAAGCUGUAGAAAAAGAUUCUGAAUUUGAAGUUGACCAAGAUAAGGCCCGUGAAGCUUUGAGAAAACUUGAUGAAAAACUUCAGUCCAUUUCUCAGAAACAAAUUGACCCUCCAAAAAUUAGAG